UGCCCAUAAAAUGGAUGGCCAUUGAGUCCAUUGGUGAUCGACUCUACACAACUCAAUCUGAUGUCUGGUCAUUUGGGGUUCUACUUUGGGAAAUAUUCACUUUGGGCAAAUCACCUUAUCCAGGUUUACCUGCGGAUCAACACUUCUAUCUCAAGUUGGUUAAAGGAUAUCGAAUGGAGAGACCAGACAAAUGUCCACAAAUCAUUUAUAAGAUAAUGACAGAUUGUUGGCUAUCCAUUCCAAUUGAACGACCCAAUUUUAAACAGUUGGUCAAAAGAUUGGGUGAACUGAUCGACGAAUCCAUCCGUGAUUAUUAUAUUGAACUGGACAUUACUUAUAAGAAUAAUGAAGCUCUUAAACUUGGCAAAGAUAAUACUCAUGAACAUAGUUAUCUAACGAUGGGCUCAUCGUCCAGCUUAAAAUUAAAAAAUGAAUAUGAAUACAACAGUUACAUGACUAUGGGCGAAUCUUCAGGUAAUAAAAAGACUGUAGAUAUGAAGUCUUCGCCUGAUAAUCCAUUCCCACAUUACGAUGCUAUCAAAAUUAGAAAAGAAAAUAUAAAUCCAAUGGAAGUCGUAUCGAUGAUUCAUUUUGAUGACUGAAUA